GUCCGAUGCCAUUUCGGUAGAAAUACUGAAAUUUCGGUAGCUUCGACAACACUGUCGGGAAGAAAUAAAUUUUUGGGUGACCUGAAUAGUGGACGCACGAGGCGUUGUACGGAAUCGAUCCAUAAAUAUGUGGUGAGCAUUCUUGUUGUUAACUACUACUCUACAACAACACGUGGACUGCCUCGACCUCGAAAUGAAUUUUUUAAAAUUUCCAUCCACACUGAGCACAUGAGCAGCGCACGAGCAGUUGCCUCACUUUGAUGUACCGCCAACAGUUGGAUCGGGUCGAGGCCAAAUGCAUGCGGGUUCAAACAAAUUUGCACGCCUCGUUCAGACGUACACAUACGUAUGCUCAUGCGUCCUCGGGCUGCCUCAUUCGCGUUCGUGCUCAUAUGCGUACCCAGCUUAAUCCGUAUUUUCCAACCAGUUAUAACCGUUCAACCUCUACCAUAUAAACGUACACGCCGAUAAAAUAUUUCAAACAGUUUCGUGCCCACGUAAUCGUGUUCAUGUCCUUGUUCAUUACACAGGAAAAAAAGAUAAAUUCGAAGACGCAAAGCAAGCAUCGACCGGAAACACAUGGGAUACAGUGGGGUACGGCAAAAAUUCAAAAAUUCAUUCCAGUGGUCGAUACUGGCGGUGGCAGACGGUGAAUUUUGAGGUUCGGCGUUCAACGAUAAAUAAACUGAAAUAAUUAUUAUUAUUAUUGGACUAUAAAUAAUUACAUCGAUUUUCUAUCUUUGCUAAUUGGAAAUUUGGCUUUUUUUGUUUAGUGUCUUUUUGGUGUCAAGUGCCCUAGAAUUUCAAAAUCAGAAUUCAGGACUGUUUUGGUUUUAAAAAACUUUUGGGAAUUAGAUGGCAGCUCCGUGGCAGGCCCCGGGUGCUCAGGGCCUGUACGACCCCUCGUUCGAAAAAGAGGCAUGCGGCGUAGGCUUCGUGGUAGCCAUCGAUGGCCGUAGGGACAAAAAAAUUGUCCGAGAUGCCCAACGAUUGGCCGUAUCCAUGAACCAUCGAGGCGCGUGCGCCUGCGACAAUGAUACUGGUGACGGCGCCGGCGUACUUACCGCCAUACCUCACGAUUUUUAUACGGCGAAACUUAAAGACGAGCAAAAUGUCCAACUGCCACCAUUCGGUCGUUACGCCACUGGAAUAUUCUUCCUGGACAAGUUGCACCAUCAAGAAUCCGAAACCAAGUUUGGUGCUCUGGCAGAGGAGCUGGAUUUGUCCGUGUUGGCUUGGCGUACUGUCCCAACCAAUAAUUCCGCCAUAGGAGCUGUAGCUAAAAGUUCUGAGCCGUUCAUGCGUCAAGUUUUCAUAGUUCCGAAAGCAUCGUUAGAAAAUGUCCCAGAGCAAGAAUUGGACCGUACCUUUUUCGUUUUAAGGAAAAGAGCGAGCCACGAGAUCCCAGCUCCGGCAAAGAGAUUCUAUAUUUGCUCGUUGAGCCGAAGAACGGUGGUUUAUAAAGGUCAGCUAACCUCGGAUCAGUUGUGGUCUUAUUUCCCCGAUCUUCUGGACCCUUUAUAUGAUACUUAUUUGGCUCUGGUACAUACCAGAUUCAGUACUAACACGUUUCCUAGUUGGGAAAGGGCGCAUCCUUUAAGGAUGAUAGCUCACAAUGGUGAAAUUAAUACGCUUCGGGGCAACGUCAAUUGCAUGAAAGGCAGAGAAGGCGUAAUGAAAAACGAAUAUUUUGGAGAAAAAUUAAAACAGCUUUUCCCAGUAGUUGAACCGAAUUUAUCGGACAGUGGUUCCGCAGAUUGCGUUUUGGAAUUUUUGGUGCACGCAGGUCAGCGCAAGUUACCGGAAGCAGUGAUGACCAUGGUUCCGGAAGCUUGGCAAAACGAUCCGACAAUGCCGGAAGAGAAACGCAACUUUUACCAUUGGGCCGCUUGCACGAUGGAACCUUGGGAUGGACCUGCACUUAUUUCCUUCACUGAUGGGCGAUUCAUUGGUGCCACUUUAGAUAGGAACGGGCUGAGACCUUCCAGAUUUUAUAUUACCAAAGAUAAUAUUAUGGUUAUGGCUAGUGAGGUUGGUGUGUACGAUGUAGACCCAGCCAAUGUUAUUUUAAAAAGCCGCUUGAAGCCUGGUAGAAUGCUACUAGUGGACACAGUGGAAAAAUCUGUUAUUCAAGAUGUGGAAUUGAAACACCAAAUUGCUCUGUCUCGGCCUCAUGCUGAAUGGCUUAGAGAACAGAUCUCGAUGGAAGAAUUAAGAAAAGCCCAUUUGGAUGCAGGACGUCAGGCUAAACCCAAAUAUGAACCCAGCGGACUAGGAGACAAACGAUUACCUUUAUAUGGAUACUCUACAGAAACUAUUCAUAUACUGUUGCUUCCUAUGAUCAAUAAUAAAAAAGAAGCUUUAGGUAGCAUGGGUAACGACGCACCAUUGGCUUGCCUUUCAAAUUUCUCUCCUCUCGUUUACGAAUACUUUAAGCAAUUAUUCGCGCAAGUCACAAACCCACCCAUUGACCCAUUUCGUGAAAAAAAUGUUAUGUCUUUACAAUGUCCCAUUGGUCCAGAAGCUAAUAUUUUGGAACCUAACGCGAAACAGGUGCAUAGAUUGUGGUUGAAAAACCCUGUAAUAUCUAUUUCGGACUUGGACAUGUUCAAACAAGUCACCCAUAGAGGAUGGACAUCUCACGUAAUCGACAUAACAUUCCCCGUAGAAACAGGAGUAGAAGGUUUCAUAAAGAAAAUUGAAGAAAUUUGCGAGGAAGCUGAUGAAGCUGCCAAAAAAAAUCAAAUCAUAAUUCUCUCGGACAGAUUGACCAGCAAAGACAAAGUGCCUGUAAGCAGUUUGUUAGCUUUAGGCGCCACCCAUCAUCACUUAAUCGAAACUCGCCGUCGUAUGAAAGUAGCUUUAAUUGUCGAAAGCGCGGAAGCCAGAGAAGUGCAUCAUAUCUGCGUGCUGUUGGGUUAUGGGGCUGAUGCCAUCUGCCCCUAUUUAGCUUUGGAGUUAGCCUCUAGCCUCAGAGACCAGGGGAUUUUGGACACCAGUUUGACUGACGAAGCUAUUUAUCAGAAUUAUGCUCAGGCGAUGCAAACGGGUAUUAGCAAGGUUAUGGCUAAAAUGGGCAUUUCAACGUUGCAGUCUUAUAAAGGAGCUCAAAUAUUUGAGGCUGUUGGUUUGGCCGAGGACGUUGUUGAAAAGUGUUUUAAAGGAACACCUUCAAGAAUUGGUGGCGUUAGUCUGGAAUUAUUGGCAGCAGAAGCAUUCGAAAGGCAUAAAAAUGCCUAUCGGCACUCUACCGAUGCUCAGAUUCUCAGAGACGCCGGCAAAUACCAUUGGCGUGCGGGCGGCGAAAAGCAUCUGAACGAACCGGCCAGCAUAGCCUCGCUCCAAGAAUCCGCAAUAAAUAAAAAUAAAUCUGCUUACAAUAAAUUCAUUGAGAGCACAAUGCAAUCUGUGAAAGAUUGCAUGUUGAGAGGCCGAUUUGAACUCAGGACUUUGGAUCAGGCGUUGCCUUUGGACGAAAUCGAACCCGCUUCAGAAAUCGUUAAACGAUUUGCUACUGGAGCUAUGAGUUUCGGUUCUAUUAGUUUGGAAGCGCAUCAAACUUUGGCUGUUGCGAUGAACAAGUUAGGCGGCAAAAGUAACACAGGUGAAGGCGGCGAAGAUCCAGAAAGAUACCUGGACGCUCAAAAAAGAUCGGCAAUCAAACAAGUAGCUUCAGGCCGAUUCGGAGUAACUUCCUCUUACUUGGCCCACGCUGACGAUUUACAAAUCAAAAUGGCUCAGGGAGCCAAGCCCGGCGAAGGCGGUGAAUUGCCCGGCUAUAAAGUUUCUCCUGAAAUCGCCAAAACUCGUCACUCCGUACCUGGGGUGGGUCUAAUUUCUCCACCGCCUCAUCACGACAUUUACUCAAUCGAAGAUUUGGCAGAAUUAAUUUAUGACUUGAAAUGUGCCAAUCCUCAAGCGAGAAUUUCAGUGAAAUUAGUAUCAGAAGUGGGAGUUGGAGUUGUUGCGAGUGGCGUUGCCAAAGGCAAAGCCGAACACAUUGUAGUGUCAGGUCACGACGGUGGUACUGGAGCUAGUUCGUGGACUGGCAUUAAGAACGCAGGUUUACCUUGGGAAUUAGGCAUAGCCGAAACCCAUCAAGUUUUAGUGUUGAACAACCUCAGAUCCAGAAUAGUUUUACAAGCGGACGGACAAAUACGUACAGGUUUUGACGUUGUAGUGGCCGCUUUAUUAGGUGCAGAUGAAAUCGGCUUGAGUACAGCCCCCUUAAUCGCUAUGGGUUGUACCAUGAUGAGAAAAUGUCACUUGAAUACUUGUCCUGUAGGAGUAGCCACUCAAGAUCCUGUAUUAAGAAAAAAAUUCACUGGACAACCUGAGCAUGUUAUAAACUACCUAUUUAUGUUGGCUGAAGAAAUUAGGGAGUAUAUGGCUAAAUUGGGCGUGAGGACGUUUCAAGAACUAGUAGGGCGGACCGAUUUACUGAAAGCUAUCGAAACAGGAUCUAUGAAAUCAAAAAUGCUUAAUUUAAACUUAAUUUUACAAAACGCCUUACACAUGAGACCAGGAGUUAACAUUAAAGGUGGCUCCGAAACUCAAGAUUUUCAAUUAGAGCAAAGGCUCGAUAAUCAACUUAUUGAUUUAGCAAAACCAGUAAUUGAAGGCCUUCAAGAUACCUUGGAUGUUGAAAUGAGGAUUAAAAAUGAAGAUAGAGCUUUUGGUUCCACAUUGAGCUACCAUAUUUCGAUGAAAUACAAUGAAGAAGGCCUCCCUGAGGGAAAAUCUAUUAAUAUUAAACUUACUGGAUCAGCUGGGCAAAGUUUUGGAGCCUUCCUUGCAAAAGGGGUUCAUAUAACUUUAGAAGGAGAUGCAAAUGAUUACGUAGGCAAAGGCCUUUCAGGUGGCCAAAUUGUAAUUUACCCUCCCAAAACUUCUCCAUUCGAAUCUCAUUUGAAUGUAAUUGCUGGCAAUGUUUGUUUAUAUGGAGCCACUACGGGAAGAGCUUAUUUUAGAGGCAUUGCCUCUGAGAGAUUUGCUGUCAGAAAUUCCGGAGCCAUAGCGGUUGUUGAAGGCGUAGGCGAUCACGGUUGUGAAUACAUGACAGGUGGUACAGUUUUGAUCCUAGGUUUAACUGGACGUAAUUUUGCUGCAGGCAUGUCAGGGGGCAUAGCUUAUGUUUGGGAUGUAGAUGGGAAAUUCUCUACAAAAUGCAACAUGGAAAUGGUUGAACUGUGCAAACUAGAAGACCGUGAAGAUUUGGGUGUAGUCAAACAAUUAUUGAAAGAGUUUGAAGAGUAUACUGGAAGCUUAAUUGCCAAGCAACUACUUACAGAAUUUGAUUCAAGAAUGAAAGAGUUUGUCAAAGUGUUCCCUUACGAAUACCAACGAGCUUUGAAGCAAAAAUCUAUCGAACCGACUGCAGUAAUAACACAGCCAAAUGAACCUAAAAUUCAGGAUAUUGAAGAUACGUUAGGCGACGGGCAAGAGCUUAAAAAAGCUGAAAGAGCUUUGGAUAAACUUAGAGGUUUCAUGAAAUAUCCUAGAGAGACCGGUAUGUAUAGGCCUGCAGAAAAACGUAUGAAAGAUUGGGAUGAGAUUUACAACUUCCAACAUGUGAGGAAAGGUUUGAGAGUGCAAGCAGCGCGUUGCAUGGAAUGUGGAGUACCAUUCUGCCAAUCAAAUUCGCACGGUUGUCCUCUAGGAAACAUCAUUCCCAAAUGGAAUCUUUUGGUGUUCCAAAACCAAUGGCGACAAGCCUUAAAUCAACUUUUACAAACCAACAAUUUCCCGGAAUUCACCGGAAGGGUUUGUCCGGCGCCUUGCGAGGCAGCCUGCGUUUUAGGCAUUUCCGAACCGAGCGUUACAAUUAAAAAUAUCGAAUGCUCAAUCAUCGACCACGCUUUCGAAAACGGCUGGAUUGUACCGCAAAAACCUGCGACUCAAACUGGCAAAAAGGUUGUCGUUGUUGGUUCGGGACCCGCUGGUUUGGCUUGCGCCCAUCAGCUUAAUAAAGCUGGACACAGUGUGACUGUGUUUGAAAGAAAUGACAGGAUUGGCGGGUUGCUGCAAUACGGUAUUCCAACGAUGAAGCUGAGCAAACAGGUUGUUCAAAGACGAGUGGAUCUUUUGGCAGCUGAAGGUAUUGUGUUUAAGACUAACGUUAAUGUUGGCAAGGAUAUAUCGGCAAAGGAGCUUAGCGAAGAAAAUGACGCUGUUGUCUUGUGUACUGGUGCUACGUGGCCUAGAGAUUUACCUCUACCAGGUCGCCAGCUUAACGGUAUCCACUUCGCCAUGGAGUUCCUCGAAAGUUGGCAAAAGAAACAAGGAGGUGCGAAAAUGGAAGGCCCCCUCGCCAAAGAUAAACACGUCAUCAUCAUAGGCGGUGGAGACACUGGAUGCGAUUGCAUAGCAACUUCUUUACGUCAAGGAGCCGCUUCCAUUACGACAUUCGAAAUCCUUCCGGAACCAGGCCCGAAACGAUCCAACGAUAACCCGUGGCCUCAAUGGCCUAGAAUCUUCCGAGUAGAUUACGGACAUGACGAAGUCAAAGUUCGAUUCGGUUCUGAUCCUCGUAUAUUUAGUAUUAUGACGCAAGAAUUUUUGGACGAUGGCAAUGGACACGUGAGCGGUGUUAAAACUGUCAACGUGGAAUGGACCAAAGACGAUACAGGUAGAUGGCAAAUGAAUACCGUGCCUGGAACUGAAAAAGUAAUUAAAGCUGACUUGGUGCUGCUUGCUAUGGGAUUUUUGGGACCCGAACGAGCUAUCGGGGAUCAAUUAGAACUAGAACUGGAUCCUAGAUCGAAUUUUAAUACUACAAAUUACAGGACUAGUGUAAAUAAUGUUUUUGCCGCUGGUGAUUGCAAACGAGGUCAAUCUUUGGUGGUAUGGGCCAUUUCUGAAGGACGUCAAGCUGCUAGGGCAGUAGACGAAUUCCUAAAUGACGGUAUAACUACCCUUCCAGGACCUGGAGGGAUUAUUCAGCCGACUCUUCCAGCAAUGCACUGUCCCGUAUAAAAAUAAAUUAAUAUUUUGUGAGGAAAUAAAUAAGUUACCAGAAUUGAUUUGCAUCCAGUCAACUUUUGUAACUUAUUCAAGCGAUCUUUGACUAGAAAAAAAAAACAAUAAUAAAUUAUUAUUAGAUAUCUAUUGUUCCCCAAAAAUAAAUGUAAUUUUGGGCCCAAAAAAAAAAAAAUAAAAAAAAUUCCCUACAAAAAAUGUCUUGUGAUGCUUUACAUUUAGCAAUGUGAAUCAUCACAAAGCUACUGUUAAGUUUAACUCUGAGAGUUAUCAAACACAUUAGUACAAAAAAAAAAUUAAAUUAUUCAUGUAUACAGGGUGUAUAUUUUAAGUGAUACCACUAUUGCUAUAUCCGAAACGGUAAGAGCUACAAGGUUGGUUAAAUUAGGAAAAAAUUGCCUUUUUUGAUGCUCAUUUAAGACUCGUUUACAGUGUUGCCAAAUUUUUUUUGGUUUAUGAAAUACAGGGUGAUUUCUAAGAAACGCCCAAAACUAUUUCAUCAAUUAUUUUGAAAACUAUUAAUUUUCGAGACACAAUUUAAAUUUGAAAGUUUUUUAAUUUUUCUCGCUCUACAACAUGGUGUCAUCAAAUUUCAAAUCCGAUGUUUCGUAAUCGAGCUACCAUCAUCAACUUCAUUUUUUUAAAUACGGACCUGGAUUUUUUAUGUCAUAUUUAGAAAGCGCCUUUUAUUCCCUUUGUAAAAAUGACAUAAAAAGACCAGGUCCGUAUUAAAAAAAAUGAAGUUGAUGAUGGAAGCUCGAUCACGAAACGUCGGAUUUAAAAUUUGAAGAUACCAUGUUGUAGAGCGAAAAAAAUUAUAAAACUUUCAAAUUUAAAUUGUGUCUCGAAUAUCAAUAGUUUUUGAACUAGUUGGUGAAAUAGUUUUUGGCGUUUUUAAGAAAUCACCCUGUAUUUCAUAAACUAAAAGGAAUUUGACAACACUGUAAACAAGUUUUGAAUGGGCAUCAAAAAAGGCAACUUUUAUCUAAUUUAACCGACAUUGUAGCUCUUGCCGUUUCGGAUAUAGUAAUAGUGGUAUCACUUAAAAUAUACACCCUGUAUGUAUCCCAUCAAAGUCGCAAAGCUUUAUUUUUCGUUUAUUCCCAGAACUUAAGUGAGACAAAAAUAAUUCUAGCCUUAGUUACUGAAGACAAUAAUAAACUCGCUGAAAUGUGAUGCGACGUUAUAGGAGUAGGGCCGCCAAAAUAAUACAGUUUUAAAUACAUAUUAUAGAAAAUUCUAAAUUAUUUAUUAGAAAGUUAUGAGGUCUGUUUUAGUGAGAUGACUAUCUGUGUAUAUACAGGCCUUAAUUUGAAGAAAACAAAAUUGUUGUGUAAUUUGAGUUUGUUUUAAGUAUUAUUAAAUUACUUAACUAUAAUUUGCUUUUUGUCUUUGUUAAUUGUUUUUUAAAACUUUUUAAGGGUAUGUUUUUCUACUAGUUGAUUUUUUUAAAUAAUAAUAAUUGUUAUUUUGAUUUACGCUUAAUAUUAGUAUUUAGUAGCUGAAAACAUACCAAGUGCAUCUCCAUCUAUUUAUAGUCUACAUACUGAAAAGCAGAUAUUUUUGAAAAUAAAUAAAGCACAUUUAAUUGCAAAAAAGUACAAAUACAUAAUAUUCACUUUGUAUAAGAUGCACUUGAAAAUUUUGAUGAAUGUUUUAUUGUUCCAAAGCAACUAUUGUACUGUAGAGUUCAUAGUCAAUAUUAAAUAAAAAUAGAUGUUGUUACUACUGCAUUAGU